UUGUUACCCUUAGUCCUAAAAUCCACUACCCCAUUGAGUACCCACUUGGGUGACGUAAAAGGCUAUAGAACUAAAACGGGAGAGACCAGCACUUUACCCAAAUCUGACAAUCCUGCGUUUAUUUUUAGUCAAAUCACUGAUAGUGAUGUUAAGAAAAGCAUUGUUGAGAUCAAUUCUGAUGCAAUUAGUACAGACUGCAUUAGUCGUAAAAUGAUUAUCCCUAUUGUCGAUAUCUUGACUCCUGUUAUAAAAUCCAUCUUUAAUUAUUCCAUUUCAUCCGGAAAUUUUCCCUCUUCCUGGAAAGAACCCCAGAUAACUCCUAUACCCAAAAAAGCAAAUCCCUCCAGUUUCUCUGACUACCGCCCCAUAUCCAUAAUUCCAUUCCUUUCAAAAGUUUUUGAGCGUAUAGUUCAUCGACAAUUGAGCAUCUACUUAUCUAGGUGGAGUCUUUUCAAUUCUUUCCAAUCCGGUUUCCGUGUUGGUCAUAGUACGACUACUGCCUUAGUCAAGAUUACAGAGGAUAUUCGUCUAAGUAUGGAUAAACAGCACGUAACAGUGUUGACCUUACUUGACUUUAGUAAUGCAUUUAACAAUGUGGAUUUUGAUCUACUGUUAGCUAUCUUAGCUUCUCUUAACAUAUCUCCUGAAGUGAUUGACUGGUUUCAUAGUUACUUGUUUGGUCCCCGGCAACGGACACGUGUAGAUGAUUCGUUCUCUAACUGGUGUACGAUUAAUGCAGGUGUACCGCAAGGUGGCGUGUUGUCUCCUCUCCUCUUUUCAAUCUUCAUUAGUUCGAUCACGCUCCAAUUAUCUUCUCGCUACCACCUGUAUGCAGAUGAUCUCCAAGUAUAUGAGCAUGCCAAAUUGAUGGAUUUACCCAAUACUAUAGGUUUAUUAAACAAAGAUCUUGACUUAAUUGUGGAUUGGUGUAAGUCACACGGUCUUAAAGUAAAUCCAUCAAAAACAAAAGCAAUAAUUAUAGGCAGUCAAAAAUUGGUUAAUCUUAUAGAUUUUUCUUCCCUACCUGGUAUUAUUUUUGAUGGGACACCUGUGCCAUAUAGUGACACCGUUAAAAAUCUAGGUGUUACUUUUGACAAAUUUUUAUCUUGGGCUCCACAGAUAAGCGAGGUAAGUAGGAGGAUGUUUGCGUCGGUCGGAUCUCUCCGUCGAUUAAGUAAUUUUUUACCCAUACCUACCAAAAUUGCGCUUGCACAAUCACUUCUUUUACCGAUUCUCGAUUAUGCUGACACGUGUUAUCUCAAUUUAAAUGAGGAGAUGCUUAAUAAACUUGAGCGCAUUCAGAAUCUAUGCAUACGGUUCAUAUUUGGACUUCGAAAAUAUGACCAUGUCUCCGAAUAUCGCGAAAAACUCAAGUGGCUUCCGAUCCGUCUUCGCAGGAAUACUCACAUUCUUUCUCUUUUAUACUGUAUACUAUUCAAUCCCACUUCCCCUACUUACCUUAAAGAGCGAUUUGAGUUUCUUGGUGACACUCACUGUCGCUCUCUUCGCUCUGAUAAAAACCUCACCCUAAAAAUUCCAUCUCAUAACACUUCCUUCUAUUCUAAAUCCUUUUCUGUUGAAGCUGUUAGGCUCUGGAACUCCCUACCGCUGCACAUUAGAAGUGCGCAGUCUAUUGAUAAGUUUAAAAAACUUGUCAAAGCGCACUUCUUUCCUCCUUAA